ACACUACAUUUUGGUGCUGAUCUCUGAUAAAAUUAAAGGGGAGGAAGAACAACUUGUAAGAAGAAGAUAACCGGUAGCAACGGCGUCGGAGGGAUGUAAUUAGCAAUCAUCACGUAACAUAAUUAAUCAACCAUGUGUGGCGGAGAUAUAAAGUGGAAGAACAACCCAGCCAAACCUCAUGAAGCCUAUGUACCUACUAAUAUUGAACAUAUAGCUAACAUCAUUACACAUGGAUUGUGUAUUAUACCAUCGUUGUAUGCCAGCAAUGAUUUAGUUCAAGAAGCUACCACUUACUCUCAGAAGACCAGCGCAACAAUUUUUGGUCUAGCUCUCCUCCUCCUCUUCAGUGUUUCAACUCUCUUCCAUCUUGUCUCAUGGUCUGGUCUUGCAAAAAACUUGAGGUUUUACCUUCAUAUAAGUGACAGGGCAAUAAUCUAUUUAUAUAUAGCAGCUUCUUAUACACCUUGGUUGACACUGUGCGAUGUUGGUUACUAUGGAAACCAUCUACGAUGGGUUAUGUGGUUUCUAGCUUCCUUAGGAAUCUUGUAUUCAUAUUGCUUCUAUGAAAAAUACAAGAGAUUGGAGACCCUUUUCUAUGUCAUCCUUGGAACAGUUCCUGCAUUGGUUGUGUUAGAAUCGCCUCUAAAGAAUGGUUUGUAUGAGUUAGCAUUGGGAGGCAUCAUUUACAUCUGUGGCGUGGUAUUCUUUAAGAGUGAUGGUAUCAUCCCGUGUGCCCAUGCUAUCUGGCAUGUCUUUGUUGUGAUGGGGGCAUACACACACCUUAAUGCCAUUCAGAAAUACCUGAUAGGAUGUAGGCUACCAGGUGUUGACCCAGAUGAACCUAGUCACCUACCGGACUGCAUCACUCAAUCUUUAUGAUGUCUUCAGGGUGUUGACCCUGAUGAACUUAGUCACCUACCGGACUGCAUCACUCAAUCUUUAUGAUGUCUUCAGGGUGUUGACCCUGAUGAACCUAGUCACCUACCGGACUGCAUCACUCAAUCUUUAUGAUGUCUUCAGGGUGUUGACCCUGAUGAACCUAGUCACCUACCGGACUGCAUCACUCAAUCUUUAUGAUGUCUUCAGGACCAUGGAUUACACAUUUGUUGAAUGUAGGUCAUGUUAUAUCAAAUUUGAUAAAAUUAAAGGUCAAAUCCAUCCCAAUAAAAAGAAUUCAUGUAAAAAAAAUCAAACAAGCCCAACACUGAAAACCAGAUUGAAAUCUGGGGUGUUUCACAACGAGAUAAGUGUGACUUUGUGGAGUCAUGCUUAAAUGCUGACACACACAUGAUAUAUACCAGUAACCCACAAGCUUAUUGAUUGAUAUGCAGUAGGCUCAUGCUACCGGGAGCGUAAAUGCAAAUCUAAGUCAAACUUAAAUUUUUGUGAAGCACCCCCAAGAUGUAUACUUAAAAAGAUGUAACAUUUUAAAUUGUUAGCUACUUGCACAUUAACAGUGAUAUGCACAUCAUAUAUGAAAUGCAAAUAAGAGAGCUGAUGAUGUCACUCACUCUUUAAUAUUUUCUUUGUAUUUUAUUAACUGCUCAUGAUAAUUAUAAUAUAGAGUGUUUAUAGAGGUUAGGUGAUAUUAUUUAUAGACAAGAGGUGAUGCUGAGCAAAGAGUUCAGUUUCACAUAAGUUGCUCUUGAUUAUAUGUAUCAUCAUAUUGGUACAAUCAUGCUUAGUAAUCAUGUGCUCUUGAUUAUGUGUAUAGUGAUCAUGUGCUAUUUCGUGGUAUAUAAAUACAAAUAUUGUAUUGAUAUGUGUAGUAUUCGCUGCAGGGUUUUUAUUAUGACAAACUGCCACCGCUUAUUCCUCAAUAAAAAACAAAAGAACUAACGCAAGACUGCUUGCCAUGUUUGGUUUUCUUCUUCAUCAGAUGUAUUGUUGAUGUACCAUAGGGUUAGAUUAUUGGCUAGCAACACUAACUAACUUGACAAUUGUUAAUCCAAUGGCAACUAAACUUUGGUGAUAGAUGCACAAGGCUACCAUCAUGUUGCUGUGCUGUCUCUUACAUAGAGAGUUUAAAGGUCAAUUAAGAUCAAAGGUUAAAGUUUACUGGCAAGACUCUCUUAUGACAAAUAACUUUUAACCAUGCUUCCUAUUCAAUUAAAAUUUUAUCAUGGUUGCUUACUGGUUAGGGGUUGUAAUAAUGUCAGAGGUCAUAUAUUUAAAUACAGACAUUAAAGUUUACCUGCAAGACUUGUGAAAUCAAACUUGUUUGAAAAUUAGGGAUGUACUUGGUAAAAUCUGCAUUAUGUAGUCAUGGGUGGGUGUGACACAAUCUAGCUAUAGCCUUGUCUUUCUUUUAUAAAAUUCAAUUUGAUACAGGAAUCGAGGUGGGUUAAGAAAAAAAAACAGAGCCAAAUAUAAUAACAGCUCAUUUUAUUUCAGUCUUUGAUAUUUGGUGUCAGGAGUGAGACGUGUGUUUGCUCUCAUCCAAAGCUUUUCAAAUGAGAGCAAACAAUUAUCCAAGACAAUUAUCACCUUAAGAGAUUAAUUGUAUAGCAUAUAUGUUUUGUGCUCUUGAGUCUAAGUUGCCUUUAUUAAGGCUUUCAUAGGAAAAUUUGUUGUCAUGUACAAUAUAUGUGUGGUUCCAUGAAGUGCUCUGAUUACUCACAUAGGGGAAUGUGUCAGGGUAUAGUGAUUAUUACCGGUAGGUAUAUCCAGGUAGAGUGAUAUGUGAAUACAUAUCCAGGUUCUAGUUUUGUUGGUAGAAUUUCACUUGAAAUUGUUUAUCUUUGUGUUAUUUUUAUUUCAAUU